AUGAACCCUAGUCAACAGGUCAACUCUGUCGGUGUUACAGGCAACUUCAGCACGGUUAGUCGUCAGUUUACUCACGAAAACCUACAAACUUUACUUGCGAAAACUAAAGCUAUGCAAGCGCGUGGUGAUACAGAGGCUAAUAACCCUGAACUUGCUCAAUCUCUUAAUAUUUUAAGGGCAAUCCAGCAACAGCAACAGAAUGUCGUAGCUGUUUCAACUGGCGGUAGUGGUUCGGAUAGUACUAAUGGAGGUGAGGGUGAUGUUGGUAAAACUCCUCCUUCAGUACCUACAUCAUCCACAGAUAACCAAAUUCCUCAGAAUUCACAAGUACCUCCAACUCCUUUAUCUAGUGAACAAUUAAUGUCUUUGAAAUAUCAAAUUCUGGCGUUUAAAUUAAUAUCGAGGAAUCUACCUGUACCACCAUUAUUACAACAAGCAAUGUUUAAUCCGAGUCAAGUACAGGGUAUAUCUUCACAAGAUUUAGUAGGAUCAAUACCAGGAAAAAUUGUAGAAGCUUCAAAUAUUCAUCAUAAUCAGCAAGCAUCUCCAACUGCUUCAAUAUCAUCUACAGAUAUAGUUUCUUCACCACAACCCGCAGGAUUAAGUUCAUCAUAUAAUUCUUAUACAAAUCCUCACACAUAUUUAAAACCUGUUCAAUCAUAUUCACAUGCUUCACGUCAGCAAAGAAUGCUGAUACCAGCCAUAAUGCCUGUUGGUCUUGAUCCUCAAGUAAUUGCUGCUGAAAGAGAACGAUUUCUUCACGUCUUAAGGCAACAAAAAAUAACUGAAUUGCAGCGUAUUUUGAAUGAAAAUGUUAAAAUCGAUGACCAUCAAAGAAUACGGAUCGAGAUACAGCUAAAGUCUUUAAAAGUGUUUGAUAGACAGCAAAUGAUUCGACAAGAAAUAAUAAAAUGUAUGAAUCGGUCAACUACACUAGCUUCGUCUACCGAUCGCGCAGCUUUUAAGAAAAUGAAAAGACAAUCUAUUAGGGAUGCAAGAUUCACGGAUAAACUUGAGAAACAGCAAAGAGAAGAUAGACGGCGUAGACAAAAACAAAAGCAUUUGGAUUACUUGCAAAGUAUUAUCACUCAUCGUUCAGAAAUGCAAACAUGGCAUCGUACAUAUCAGGGAAAACAACUUAAAUUUGGGCGUGCAAUUCUGGCGUUUCAUUCACAAAUUGAGAAAGAGGAACAGAAGAGGAUAGAACGUAUUUCUAAAGAACGUAUUAAAGCCUUAAAAAAUGAUGAUGAAGAGGCUUAUCUUAAACUUAUUGAUGAAGUCAAGGAUACAAGAAUUACUCACCUUUUAAAACAAACGGAUUCAUAUUUGGACUCUUUAGCUCAAGCUGUUGUUGCGCAACAAAAUGAUGAAUUGCAUAGUGAUCCAACUGUAAGAGGUGGAAUUGAAUUGAUGGAUGAGGAUGACGAGGAUUCUAUGACCAUUAUUAAUGGCAAAAAGGUUGAUUAUUAUGCCGUCGCUCAUAGAAUUAAUGAGGAGGUAGAACAACCAACUAUGAUGAAAGGUGGUACUCUGAAAGAAUACCAAGUUAAAGGUCUUCAAUGGAUGAUUUCAUUAUACAACAAUCGUCUGAAUGGUAUUCUUGCUGAUGAAAUGGGUCUUGGGAAAACCAUACAAACUAUUUCACUGGUCACUUACCUCAUUGAAAGGAAAAAGCAAAAUGGCCCUUUCUUGAUCGUUGUUCCUUUAUCCACUUUGACUAAUUGGACCAUGGAAUUUGAGAAAUGGGCUCCUUCUGUGAGAAAAUGUGUAUAUAAGGGAACUCCGAGUAUUCGUAAAGAACUUCAACAACAAUUCAUAAAACAUACUAAUUUUCAAGUCCUCCUCACAACAUAUGAAUACAUUAUAAAAGAUAAAACAGUAUUAAGUAAACCUCGUUGGGUGUAUGUCAUCAUCGAUGAAGGUCAUCGAAUGAAAAAUGUAAACUCAAAGUUAUCAAUAAUUUUGACGAAUAACUAUCAAUGCCGAUAUCGGUUAAUUUUAACGGGAACACCUUUACAGAAUAACCUCCCGGAAUUGUGGUCACUAUUGAAUUUCAUUUUGCCAAAGAUUUUCGAUUCUGUAAAGAGUUUUGAUGAAUGGUUUAAUACACCAUUCGCUAAUACAGGCGGUCAAGAUAAAAUAGCAUUAAAUGAAGAAGAGUCAUUGCUUAUAAUAAGACGUUUACACAAGGUUUUAAGGCCAUUCCUUUUACGUCGUUUGAAAAAGGAUGUUGAAUCAGAAUUACCUGAUAAGGUUGAACGGGUAGUCAAGUGCAAGCUUUCUGCUUUACAAACGAAAUUGUAUAGCCAAAUGAAGAGACAUGGUGUAUUGUUUGUAAACACCGGUGAAAAAGGGAAAACUGGUAUUAAAGGCCUUAAUAAUACAAUUAUGCAAUUGCGUAAAAUAUGUAACCACCCAUUUGUUUUUGAUGAAGUCGAAAAAGAUGUAAAUGGUAGCAAUAAUAAUCAUUUAUUAUACCGAGUAUCGGGCAAGUUUGAAUUAUUAGACAGGAUAUUACCAAAGUUUUAUACGACUAAUCAUAGGGUUUUGAUAUUCUUUCAAAUGACUGCUAUAAUGACUAUUAUGGAAGAUUUUCUUAAUUGGCGAGGAUUUAAAUAUCUUCGUCUGGAUGGUACUACAAAGGCCGAAGAUCGUUCAGGUUUACUGCAGAAAUUUAACGCGCCGAAUUCCGAUUAUUUUGUAUUUUUACUAAGUACACGUGCAGGUGGUUUGGGUUUGAAUUUGCAAUCAGCAGAUACCGUAAUCAUUUUUGAUUCAGAUUGGAAUCCUCAUCAAGAUUUGCAAGCUCAAGAUCGUGCACAUCGUAUUGGUCAGACAAAAGAAGUUCGUAUUUUACGUCUAAUUUCUCAAAAGUCGAUCGAGGAACAGAUUCUGGCACGCGCACAAUAUAAACUUGAUAUCGAUGGUAAAGUUAUCCAAGCUGGUAAGUUUGAUAAUAAAAGUACUGCAGAAGAACGGGAAGCAUUUUUGCUUAAUGAUAUCAUUUCUCGAAAUGAUGCUGAACUUGCAUUAUUUAGAAGAAUGGAUAUUCAAAGAGAUGCUAGAGAAGAACAAGAGUGGCGUGCAUCUGGAGGAAGAGGAAAGCGUCCAGAAAGGUUAAUCGAAGAAAGAGAAUUACCAAUGGUUUACAUAAAAGAGUAUGACACCGUAAUACAACGCGAGGAUUCUAAUAUUGAAUAUGGUCGUGGGCAAAGACCAAGAGGAGAAGUUCACUAUGAUGAUGGAUUAACGGAAGAUCAAUGGGUCAAUGCUAUACAGGAUGAUGAUAUAGACGUUACUGAAAUAAUAGCCAAAAAGCAGGCAGCAAAGAAAAAACGUUUAGCGAAGAAGAAUCAAAAAACACAUACACCAGACUCAUUACAAAAGUCUACACAUCAUCACGAAUUUCAACAUGUGACUCAUUAUGAUGAAUUAAGUGCUGAUACAUCUGAAUCCAAGGAAUCCAAGAAGAAAAGAGGGAGACCGCGUAAAGAUGAAUCACAUGUUACAGAUGAUAUAGGCGAUUCACAAUCUAAAUCUUCAAAAAAGAAAGGAAAAGGUAAACGACCAGAGAUCGUUGAUUACGGCGGUCCUUUAGAUCAACCUAAAAAUAAGAAGCGUAAAACAAUUAAAAAAGUUCAUGAUGAUGAAAGUAUAGUUGAAACACAGAUGAAGAGACUCUUUAUGCAAUGUUAUUCCGCUGUUGAAAAUCUUACAGAUGAUUCGGAAGGCGAACCUCGUCAACGUGCAUAUCUAUUCUUAAUGCUUCCUAGCAAAAAGGAUUAUCCAUAUUAUUAUCAAAUAAUUAUUAAACCUAUCGCUAUGGACACAAUAAAAAAGAGGAUCAAAAAUAAUUAUUAUAAGACACCAAGGCUAUUCCGGGAAGAUUGGCAUCUGAUGUUUAAUAAUGCAAGAACCUUCAAUGAAGAGAAUUCACAAAUCUAUAUGGAUGCUGACAAGUUGCAGGAAACGUUUGAUUCCAAGUUUGAAGAACUUUUCCCAGGUGGGGAAUUUCCAACUGAAGACAUGGAAUUGUAA